CCCGCCCUGUCCUGUCCUCAGGGCCUGGGCAGCGGGCGCCGGAAGACGAGCUGCCGGGAGCAGAGCGGACGCGGCGGGAGGUGGCAGCUCAGCAGUGCCUGUUUCGAGAUGGGGUCCCAGGUCUCAGUGGAUACAGGAGCUUUGCACGUGGUGAUUGUUGGUGGGGGCUUUGGUGGGAUUGCGGCUGCCAGCCAGCUGCAGACACUGAACAUCCCCUUCAUGCUGGUGGACAUGAAGGACUCCUUCCAUCACAACGUGGCCGCCCUCCGGGCCUCUGUCGAGAGUGGGUUUGCCAAAAAGACAUUCAUUUCCUACUCAGUGACCUUCAAGGACAACUUCCGACAGGGCAAGGUGGUUGACAUAGACCUGAAAAACCAGACAGUGUUACUGCAGGGUGGUGAGGCCUUGCCCUUCUCACAUCUUAUCCUGGCCACAGGCAGCACUGGGCCCUUCCCUGGCAAGUUUAAUGAGGUUUCCUGCCAGCAGGCUGCCAUCCAGGUCUACGAGGACAUGGUGAAGCAGAUCCAGCGCUCACAGUUCAUUGUGGUGGUGGGAGGUGGAUCUGCGGGAGUGGAGAUGGCAGCAGAGAUUAAAACUGAAUACCCAGAGAAGGAGGUCACGCUCAUUCACUCCAGAGUACCCCUGGCCGACAAGGAACUGCUGCCCUGUGUGCGGCAGGAAGUGAAAGAGAUCCUCCUUCGUAAGGGCGUGCAGCUGCUGCUGAGUGAGCGAGUGUGCAACCUGGAGGACCUGCCUUUCAAUGAGUACCGGGAGUACAUCAAGGUGCAGACAGACAAGGGCACCGAGGUAGCCACCAACAUGGUCAUCCUUUGUAGUGGUAUCAAGAUCAACAGCGCUGCCUACCACACUGCAUUUGCAGAGAGCAGACUGGCCAGCAACAAUGCUCUGAAGGUGAACGAGUUCCUCCAGGUGGAGGGUUACAACAACAUUUAUGCCAUUGGUGACUGUGCUGACAUCAAGGAGCCCAAGAUGGCCUAUCACGCCGGCCUGCAUGCCAAUGUUGUUGUGGCCAACAUUGUCAACUCUAUGAAGCAGAGGCCUCUUAAAGCCUACAAGCCAGGUGCACUGACAUUCCUCCUGUCCAUGGGCAGAAACGAUGGUGUGGGCCAGAUCAGUGGCUUCUACGUGGGCCGGCUCAUGGUUCGGCUGGCCAAGAGCAGGGACCUGUUCAUCUCCACAAGCUGGAAAACCAUGCGGCAGUCUCCUCCAUGACAGGGAGGCUGCAUGGGAGAUGAGGUACUGCUCGGAUGACAGACUGCUCGACAAAGGGCACCCUCCUGACAGGUGCUGGGGCAGAAGCUCUGUCUGGAGCAAGGUGCCAAUGAUGUACUGUCUGGAAAUAUAACUUAUGUAAAACCAAAAAUGAGAGGCAGAGAGGAAAGGAAACAUUAAAAAAGACAAAGAGACUCUAGAUUCUUACUGAA